UGAAGGGGAGAAGUUCAGACUCGGGGCUUUGGGCCAUGUUAACGGGUCCCCGGCUGUCUCAGAAGCUCUUGGACUGGGAGCUGGGGGGAGGGGGCCCCAGGCUUAUUAGGAGGGAGUCUCGAGCCCUGAAGGGGGCUCACGUUCCAAGUCCCCAGAUCCCGGAAUGUUUGGGGAGUCUCGUAUAGGGGCGAGGGCUUCCGGGUUGGGGGCCCCAGCCCGACCCAUGGUGGCCCUCACCCGCAGGGCCCUCAUCCUGCGUCCUCCUCUUCGGCCGGAGUCACCUCCCCUCUCCGCCCAAGGACAGACGGUGCCCUCCCCUCCGGGGGAGUCCCAGGCCACGCCCUCGGUGAGCCCCAGGACAGCGAGGUCCCGGCGGCCGCUUUCCGAUUCGUCCAAUAGGUGGGCGGAGAAGACGCUGCAACCCCAUCCCCGCAUCCCAGCGCCAAAUGGUUGGAGCACCCAUCUGUUACUCAUCUCGGAAUUCUGUUGGUCCGCGUGGAGAGGAAAGCGGUUCCAGAGAAUUCAUUUUUGGGUUGUUUCUGCGGUGAUAUCGGCCUGGGGCAAGUGCAAGUCCUCCGUCGGGUCCCUCGGAUCUCUCCCUAUCCGACUGACGUUGGAGAGCGAGUAAAGGAAGCUUGCAGGAUCUUGUUCCCCCCGACCAGGGAUUGAACCUGCACCUUCAGCAGUCAAAGCAUAAAGUCCUAACCACUGGCCCACCAGGGAAUUCCCAGAAUAAGUUUUUUGACUGAUACCGUGCCACGCCAAAUGGUCGCUUCCUUGUGCAUUCCUGGAGACUGCACCUUCCUCAUCCUUCAGAAGGCCAGGAGGCCCCAGGGCUCAGCCUGAGUUCUAGGACAGAACUUUGGCUCCAGCAUUAACAUUCUAGUGCUGUGUCAUUUCCCCAAUAGCAGGUUAUAAGCUGGCCAAGCUGUAUGUGAUCCUCUGUUGAAGCAAGAAGACGAACUGUGGAUGGUGGAGAAAGAAGUGUAAAGGAAAUUUGUCCAGAAGAAGCCUGAGAAGAAGAUGAGCAGAUAGAGAGGCAACAAGACUUGGGAGGCAAGUUGCAUCCAGCUCCAGUAAAGUACAGACUGAGGAAAAAAGCAGUGAAUAUAAGAAAAUUGGAAAAAUACUUCCUCUGAUCUCAAACCUUAUAUCUUUUAAGGCAACACCUUUUUCAACUUAACCUAGAAAGAGUUUGAAACACAAUUUAGACUUAGUUGUGUAGGAAAGAAUCAUCAAUUAGUUUGGAGAUCCUGCCACAGCUUACUCCUUGUGGUAAUAACCCCCUUUAGGUGUAAAUCAGUGUGGAAAUGCCUUCAUUUAAAAAAUUUUGAACCCCAUAUGAUAUCAGAGCAUUCAUACUGGAGAUAAAACCUAUGAAUUUACUGAAUGUGGUAAAACUUUCACUCACAUGUUGCACCUCAUAAAUGUAGAAGUCAGGCUGGAGAGAAACCCUGUGCUUCUAAGGAAUAUUGAAAAGCCUUUAGCUAGAUAAUAAAUCUCAUUGAGUAGAAGAAAAUUCAUACUGGAGAGAAACCAGUGAAUGUAACAAAACUUCAUUUGAGUAUUAGAAAAUUUAGAGUUGAAGAGAAAGCUUUGAAGGUACUAAGUAUGAUAAAGUUUUCUCUUGAACCUUGUCUGUUACUCUGCAUUUGAAAGGUCAUACACAGAGAAGCCCUACAAAUGUAAGAAAUGUGGAAAUACCUUCAGCUGAAAGCAAAUUCUCAUUCAUCAAAAAAUUCAUACUGGAGAGAAAUCUUGUGAAUGUGGGAAAGCUUCCAUUCAGAUGUCACACCUCAGUCAGCAGAGAAUUUGUAGUGGGGAAAACCCCUUUGCCUGUAAGGUAUGUGGGAAAGUCUUCAGCCACAAAUCAACUCUCACUGAGCAUGAGCAUUUUCAUAAUAGAGAGAAACCUUUUGAAUGUAAUGAAUGUGGAAAAGCAUUCAGCCAAAAGCAGUAUGUUAUUAAACAUCAAAAUACCCAUACUGGAGAGAAGCUUUUUGAAUGUAAUGAAUGUGGAAAAUCCUUCAGCCAGAAGGAAAACCUUCUUACCCAUCAGAAAAUUCACACUGGAGAGAAACCUUUUGAGUGUAAGGAUUGUGGGAAAGCUUUCAUUCAGAAGUCGAACCUCAUCAGACACCAGAGAACUCACACAGGAGAGAAGCCCUUUGUAUGUAAGGAGUGUGGGAAAACUUUCAGUGGCAAAUCAAACCUUACUGAGCAUGAGAAAAUUCAUAUUGGAGAGAAACCCUUUAAGUGUAGUGAAUGUGGAACAGCUUUUGGUCAGAAGAAGUACCUCAUAAAACAUCAAAAUAUUCACACUGGAGAGAAACCCUAUGAAUGUAAUGAAUGUGGAAAAGCCUUCUCUCAGCGAACGUCACUUAUUGUACAUGUGAGAAUUCAUUCAGGUGAUAAGCCUUAUGAAUGCAAUGUAUGUGGAAAAGCCUUCUCUCAAAGUUCAUCUCUUACGGUGCAUGUGAGAAGCCAUACAGGUGAGAAACCCUAUGGUUGUAAUGAGUGUGGGAAAGCUUUCUCUCAAUUCUCAACCCUUGCUCUACAUUUGAGAAUACACACAGGUAAGAAGCCUUAUCAAUGUAGUGAAUGUGGGAAAGCUUUCAGCCAAAAAUCACACCAUAUUAGACACCAGAAAAUUCAUACUCAUUAAAAACCUGUGGAUAUCAUGAAAGGUGUUCAUCAGGAAUUUACAUCUCAUAACAUAUCAGAAAUAAUCAUUCUGAAGGAAAGCAUCACAAAUGAGAGAAACAAAAGCUAAAAACUUAAAGGAUACCAGAGAAUUCAUCCUGAAGAGAAAGACAUUUGUAUAAUAUCCAGCAAAAAAAAAAAAAACAUACAGCACAGGUAAUGCUGAAACUUUAGAUGCAUUUCCACUAAAAUUGGGAAUGGAAAACAUGUUUAACAUUGCCGUCUGCAUGGAUCUGGAGAUCUUCACCAAUGUAAAAAAAAAAAAAAGGUUGCAAGUAUUAGAAAGGAAGAGACCUUUAUGGUAUUGAUUUAGCAGAACAGAAGAGAUUCUGGAAACACCUAUGCAUUUAUUAGAAUUUAUAAUAUAGAAAUGGCAUCAGGAGAUGAGAAUAUAAUGGGACUAUUUAAAAAAUGAUUUGGAGGUAAUUUGUUCUCCAAGGGACAAAAAAAAAAAAAAAACACGAACUAUACACAAAGGUAAGAUCCAGGGGGGUUAGGUUAAAAAUAGUAAUAUGAAAAAGCUAUAUACUAAAAUGGUUAUGACCUUGGGAGUUGGGAAACAUUCCUUAUAGCAAAUUGAAAAACACCUAGCAAUUCUAGUCUGAGUUUGUAUGCUCAGGAAAUGUGUACCAGGCUAUUUACUGUGGCAUGAUAUGUAGUAGUCAUAAAUUGGAAACAACUUAAAUGCCCAUCAGCAACAAAAUGGAAAGUACUUAUGAUGGAAUACUGUAUAUCUGUAAAAUGUAAUAAAUGAGAUCUAUAUGUAUUACAGAGAAAGAUCUCAAAAAUCACGUUGAGGGGGAAAGAUAAAGUUGCAGAAUGACAUAUAUUAUGAUGACAGUUUUGUAAAUUUGAAUAAAACUUCCCUCAAAAUUUCAGUGCUAUAUAUUGGUAAUGGAUACAUAUAUGUAUGUAUGUUUUUUAAAUGUUUUUGAAAUGGUUUGGAAGGAUACAGACCAAACUCUUGAUAGUGGUUGCCUGUGAAGAGUGGAGAAGGGAAGGGAAUGCGUGUGGGAGAGGGGGGGGAUUGGAUUGGUUAGAGGGGACUUCAGUUUUAUAUAUAAACGUCCAUUUCUCUUUAAAAAAAAAAGACUGCAAGAAAAUAUAUUGAAAUACUGGUUAAUUCUGGAUUGUGGUUUAUGGAUAUCUUGUCUUAUUUUUUGUACUUUUCUGUAUUUUUAAAUUUUCUCAAAAUUAACAAGAAUGGGGGUGAGGAUGGGAACACUGUACCUAUAGAAAUCAUGUUCUAAUGGAUUCAUUUGCAAUCAGCUACUAAACUUUUUAUAGAAAGUAUUUCUAAAAUUUUAUCGAUGAGUGGAUGGACUUGCUCUCUAUGUAGUAUGAAAUUAUCUAUUUUAUUAAAAUUAAAAAUGACAGCAUAAUCCAAAUCUGUUUUAAUUUAUUUUUACAUGAUAUAGUGUACACUAUAUGGUCUACACGUUUCUAACACUUUUGUGACAUCAUUUGAGCUUAGGAAUUUUUAAGAACAUUUAGUUUAAAUAAGGAUACACACACAGACUUCAUAUAAUUUGUGUUUUUCAGAUAA